AUGGAUCCGAUGAGUUCUUCCGAUAGUAAGGACUUCCGGUCAGUGCCUCCACCGGAAAACCUCAACAAAAGGCAGUCCUACUCGAAGUGCAAUGAAAUCUCUUCGGACGGCAAGACAUUUGACUUCAAUUAUGUGAACCGAAGACAAAGAGCGAAGACAGACGACGACUACUUCGACGACGACGACGACCAACAGACAUCCAUUGCCUCAAGAAGUGAGCCAUUGAUGGCUAUGAAGAGCACUGUUCUGUCGAAAGCAGUGAAGACGUCAGAAACAAAAGGCAUUAGAGAUGACAUCGAGAGGGAAGACAUUGAAGAGUCNGAUGCUUCAGUUAUGGAAUUCAGAUUUAAGAGUAACGAAUCCAGUGUCCAUAGAGUUACCCAGGGAUUCAAUUUCCAGAUAUGGAGUGUUCUCUUGAGUUUAGGAAUCCUCACAAAACUUGAAUAUGACUUACGAGAAGAAUUGUCUCAAAUAUUCAAUGCCUGUAUUCAUGUGCGACGAUGUCUUUAUCGCAACGCCGACUCCAUGAAUGAGAACCAAUCACUCAAAUGCAAUGUUUGGGAUGUCUUGCGAUGGAAGAGUUCGCCCAAAGUUUGUGUCAGUAAAUGGAAGCACAAGAACACUGAAUACAACAGCAGACGUGUGGUUGUGGUGAAUGUGUUGUUCGCAAUGCUAGCCAUCACUCAUCUCGCAUAUCUCGGAUCAACAUUUGAUGGCAAAGAGGAGUGUCUCAUGUAUUGGCCGUUUGGAAAGAAUUGA